AUGGCGUCGCCCAGCGAAAGCCAGGAAAGCGGUGUUAAUGAAGAUUUGGACGGGGAAAAUGUUGUUAAAUUGGAUGAACCUGUGGGAAAUCUGUCUAAAUACUACGCUUUACCGCCAGGCUUUUCAGGAACGCCGAAAAAGGGCCACUUAAUGUUUGAUGCAUGCUUCGAAAGCGGAAAUCUUGGCAGGGUUGACUAUAUCACUGAAUUCGAAUAUGAUUUGUUUAUUCGUCCGGAUACGUGCAACCCUCGCUUCCGUGUAUGGUUUAACUUCACAGUCGAGAACACAGCACCGUAUCAACGUGUGAUAUUCAAUGUGGUAAAUUUCAGCAAAACUAAAAGCUUAUACCGCGAAGGAAUGACUCCUUUGGUGAAAUCUACCAGCCGCCCGAAAUGGCAACGAAUCCCUGCUAAGAACUGUUUUUAUUACCGCUGCCCUGAUCAUAGGAAGAACUAUGUAUUGUCCUUUGCCUUUGCUUUCGAUAAUGAAACAGAUGUCUAUCAGUUUGCAUACUGCUUCCCUUACACCUAUUCUCGACUACAAGGUUUCCUGGAGGAGCUUGACAGGCGAAACUUAGAAUGUUAUAAACGGGAGUUGUUAUGUUUGACGGUUCAGCAAAGGAGAGUUGAUAUGAUUACCAUCACUUCACCGGAGAAUGUGAAGGAUGCUGUAAAAAAGAGGGUCAUUUUUUUAACAGCCAGGAUCCACCCAGGUAGGAAAUUAGCCUACUUUUGCUAGUCCUAUUUUUUAAAAGUUUACACAACAAGUGAAUGCUGUUUCGUUUAGCCUGCAUAGCAGGUGUCGACAGGGGUAGGGGAGAAGAAUGAAGGGAAAAAAGAGGGGGAUUGGGGAGAAAGGGUAAGGAACGCCUGCUAUAAGAACCCCCUUUUGUUCAUUUCUGUGGACACCAGUGUCUGCAAAUUCCUGAUUGGCUGAGCUGUGAUGAGUAAUUUAUUCGCGUGUAUCCUGGCAGACAAACAUGAUGAAGGCAUCAAGGAAAUGUGUUCUACUGGUGUAAGCUUUGGAAGAUCAAAAUUACUCCAAUCAUGUAGCAACUUCACGUUAAAACAGAACUGGAACCAACUGUAAUAGCUUGUUUAGCGGGUAGAGAUGCUCAGGAGGUUUUGUAUACUGGAUUUGUCCAAACACUGUGUGGCAAUUCAAAGCGAUUGCAAUUCUUGCCAGACACCUGCAAUGCUGAUAUUCACAAGACCCCCUUUUCCACAAAAACAUAUACUGUCUUGAAUGAACUUCUAAAUGGUACCAUUUGUAAAGAGAGAGCUGAAGCUUUAGUAAAAACUAUCCAUUGAGCUUUUUGAUAAUUGUUUAUAAUCCUCCUUUCACUUUUUGCAUCUCAGGCUACCGGUGACUGUUCUAUUUUUUGUGACCGUUCUGUUUGAUGAGAUAAGACCAAAGGUCUUGUGUAUUCACAUGAAACUGAUCAUUGUUUGUCGUAGACUGAGAGCGGUAAAAAAAGAGAGACUGCUCGUAGUCUAUAUGUUUGUCAUGUUUGCUUCGGGAGCAAGAACAGUAAAGAUGUUUUAUUUUGCUCGAUUAUGAUAUCACUUGAAGAAAGCGUCUUGACUUGACAAUUUCUGGUAAACAAAGUAAUUAAGUUCAGACCAUGCUGAGAAGCCCCCUACUUGUGAUUGGUCACGUAUUGACAGUUGACAUUAUCAGAAAAUGGUGGGUGGAAUACAAAAACACUGGUGCUUAUAGCAGGUGCUCCCUUCCCUUUUCGCCUCUUUCGCACUUUUUCCCUUUUUGCACCUGCCACACAGCCUAGUUUCAUUCGGUCUUGCGAUUUUCGGUGGCAUCUUAACCUGCGAUCAGGCAUUCCUUCUUCUCUUUUCCUUUUGGAGGCUGAGGCAAAAGGAUGCCUGAUACUUUACAUGUUGUCUCUCCAUAGUCCAGAAUCUGGGCUUUUGUCUAAUUGGUGGAAAGGCAAAAAAAAAAAAAUAAAAUCAUCAACCGUUCAAUAGAUAAAGUCCAGAAUCUGGGAAAUGAAGGGUCUAAAGUAGAUAUGCAAAGAUCUUGCCACAAUUCAGUGCACUUUUUUAUAUGCGAGAUAUUCGGGGAAGUGAUUGGACGCCAUGUUGGUGUCCACCUGGAUGGGUAACAACAUGGUGGCUGCAAACCAAGAGUAACAUUUGUUGCUGAGUUUUGCUCCUAUAGAUAUUAAAGUGAUACUUUUUCUUAUACAUGUACAGUGACUGUUCAGAUAGUGAUAUCGCCCGAAACGUCACACAAAAGCUUAGAAAUUCAAUAUUAUACUCCAUUGCAAAACAUUAAGAACCCUUUCAAAGUGAAAAUUCAUUUAAAUGUCAGUUUUCAGUUGCUCUAAGACUUUAUGAAUCAAGAUAAUCAAAUCCUUAGUCUCCCUUCUUUUCAUAAAAUUUCCUUACCUGGAUUAUUUUAUUCUUCAGUCAGUUUUAAAGAGACCGUACUUGCUACAUUGCCUGAGGAAUGGUCAGUUUGAUUUUUGAACUUCUGAGUUCACUUGUUUUUGAAAGGCGUUGUAAAGUAAUCAAAUAUUGUAAUCAACAUUUUGUUGUUUUUACUCUCUUACAACAGGUAUCAGUAAUUGACACUUAGACCAGCAUAGAACUCUGAUCAUAAUAUUGUAACUUUACAUGCCGUUUGUUGGGUACUUUAAUUAACGGUGACCUGGUAGUUUUCAUUGUGACCCACAUUUAAGAAGAGAAACAAAUAAUUGAAUGAAACAUAACAAGGUUAAGUAUCCCAACUGGCCGGAGACAAUCCAGUUGGCUAUUGACACGUGUAAAGGAAGAGUUGAACCCAGGACUUCCAAGAACAAAUGCAGCUAGCGGUUAGGACGAGGAUUAAACUCGAGGCACCCGGAUUGCAAUUCUAGGGUUCUGAUCACUCCGCCAUGCUGCCGAGCAGUUUAUUAAAAAAAUGAUUCUAUUUUCUUGGAGGAUUUCUAAACUUUUUUCAUAUGAUUCACUCUCUGCUGCAGCCGGGAUCUUCGAAGCACUGUCACUGUCUAGGUCUUCCCCUUUCAUACUCUUUCCUUAUAACUUGUUGUUCAGCAUCUUGACUUUUUUCAGGUGAAACUCCAUCUUCAUACGUUUGUCAAGGAGUGAUUGACUUUCUAGUCAGUACCCACCCAGUUGCGAGAGUCCUACGAGAUUAUCUGGUUUUUAAAGUGGUACCAAUGCUUAAUCCAGAUGGAGUUGUGCUUGGAAAUUACCGAUGCUCUUUGAUGGGUUUUGAUCUCAAUCGCCAUUGGCAAGAACCUUCACCAUGGGCACAUCCAACUCUGGUGGCUUGCAAGAACCGUUUAAUGGAACUUGACGGCGAUGAAAAUGUCCAUCUUGAUUUUUACAUUGACAUUCACGCACAUUCCACCAUGAUGAAUGGAUUUAUGUAUGGCAAUAUUUAUGACGAGGAAGAGCGAUUUGAGAGGCAGGCCGUGUAUCCGAGACUUCUCUGUGCAAAUGCUGAAGACUUUUCAAUGUCAAAUACGUCAUUCAACAAGGAUGCUGUGAAAGCUGGCACUGGACGCCGUUUUCUUGGAAGUUGCCUUGAUCCGAAGACACACUGCUACACACUGGAGGUAUCCUUCUUCAGCUACAACACAGCAGUUUCACAGGGAAUGUCGCCUUACACAGAGGAAGGCUACUUUAAAUUGGGACGUAACGUAGCCAGAACCUUCCUGGAUUACUACAAACUGAAUUCCUUGGUCCUUCCUAUGAAGAAAAAUGCAUCAAAGUCGUCAGCUCAGAAAAGAGACCAUCAGGUUGAUAGCAAACAACGCUCAUCUGGAAGAAGUGAGUAUGAUGGAAGGAUAUGAGAAGAAACACUUAUGCCCAAAAGGGACUAUUCAGGAUUCACACUUUACUGCAGAAUGAACGAACUUAUUUGUCUAUUUAGAAACUUUUUUGUUUCAUUUUAGUUUUGGAAACUUUAUCCGUUUAUUCCCUAAUAAAUGUAUGAUCCAUUUACGUCAUUUCAUUCUUAGUGGUUGUAAGUAAAGGAUGUUUUUAUUUAGUAGUUUGGCUUUUCGCACACGGGGAAACCUCAGUUCACAAGCGUGCCUUCUUGCUUCCUGUGAUCUUGUAAACUUCCGUAAUCAGUGAGUUUUUUAUUGAUAUUGUGUGGACAUGUAUUCCCAGUGUACUUUUUUUUCUGUACGUCCCAGAUGUUGAGCCAGGUCUGCAC